UGAAGUUUUUAUUUACAAAGUAAUACACAAAUGUGAACUUGAAAAUAUAAUUUUUAUAACAUACUAUAUAAACAAACUUCGAAACAUACUCAUAAAUUGCAGAAAACUAUAUAAUGUUUAUAAAAUAGGUAAAUUAAAAUUAGGUUCAAUAACAGCAAUUGAGGUUUUUGUGUUAAUUGCUCCCUUUGUGGUUACUAUCUGAUUUUGAGUCAAAAACAUUGAAUAAGUGAUUUAGAAUAGUUUUUUGGGUGCUCUUGGUUUAUGGGAAAGUGACAGAAUGAAUUAUCACAUUACUGUAAUUUACUGUGGUGAUUACUUGUUGUCACAACAGAAAUAGACAUACAUUUUAUAUUUUAAACUCAAAUUCUUUUUGUUGUGAUAUUCUAUUUUUUAUUUGCUUUAGAAAAUUUAGAUUUGUAAUUGGGAACAAUGUUAUUCAGAUUUGCUAUCAGUCUUAAUUUUUUACUCAAUCCAGCCUGUUUAAAAUACAUCAUUUUAGGCAGAAAUGUACACCUACACAAUAUUGAUGAAAAUUGUUUAGAAUGUAAGAAAUUUAGAAUUAAAUGCUGGUAAAAUUACGAAAAAUAAAUGCAAUUUAUCUAAAAUAAACACUAUUAUAUAAUUGACAAAAUUAAGAAAAAUUAUGACGAUUUAUUUUUCAGUUCUUCUCCUUGGGACAUGUUAAUUACUAAAAUUCCGAUUAUUAUCAAAGAAGUUCCUGCCCACCAAAGGAGAGAAGUUACUUCAUUGAAAAAUAAAUAUCCCGCCAAUGCCUGCAACAGCGUAAGAAAACAAUUGAAGGAACAAGUUUCACUUUCUCAAAUUACUACAUAAUAAGUUUCGAUGCUCACAGAACAAAAAUAAUUCGUGGCAGAACUCGUAACAGUCGCCGAUAAAGAUGAUUUAGAAGAGUGUAAAGCUUUAACAAAGAACGUCCAGACACACGCGUUGGAGAGAAACAUUGCCAAAAGUAAUAUAAUCUUCAAAACUGCGGAAUCCUGCAACGAUUCACAAUAUAUCUCUUUUUCUGUACAUCAGCUUAAUGUAAGUUAUUCAAUGAAGUGCUGUUUAACCUCACUAACUUACAAGUGAUCCCCAUUCAAAUAUACCAGACAAUUUGCCUAACAAACUCGCAAGAGCGGCACACAUUCCUGAUAUGACUGCGUUGUAGUACAUGGCUCUACAUUAGCAAUGAGCUUUUUGUAUUGACAUUUUAUGAAAAUGCGUCUCUCUGCACACCUGUCACCGUCUUCUCCGCCUGACAUCACCUGACAUCAAUUGUCAUCGUAUCAAAUUACUGUGGCUGUGGUUGGUACACCUUUCGACGCCCGCUGGUAGUUCCCUCUGGCAGCAACUUGACAUUUAUUCGAUGCCAAUACCCAGAUGGCGCUCCCUGCACUUUCUGAAAUGCCGAGAGGAGGGCGAAGCCGGAUAGUGGAUCGUGUUACGUAUUUGUAGUGACCACCUGGUAAAUGCGGUAGGAGACUGCCGGACAGCCUGUUGAUUAAUUUGUUGUAAAAAAUAAACGUACAUCCAAGUUGAAUUCCUUGAAAUAAAUAAAGUAAAGAUGGGAAAAGCGAAGAAAGGGAAAAAGGGCAACAAGGAGGACGAAAUUGAUGAUGACAUUGAAGUUGAACCACCAACUGUUAUUGAUGAUAAUGCUCCAGCUAAAGGGAAAGAAAAGAAGGCCAAAGUGAAAGUGAAGGAUGAAGAAAAUAUUGAAGAUGAUGAUGAUGAAGAUGCAACUUCAAAAAAGAAGAAAGGCAAAAAGGAGAAAAAGAAGAAAAAGGAAGAUGAGGAUUUGGAUGAAAUAGUCAAAGAGCUUGAAGAUACUCAUUUAGACAAAUCUAAGAAAGAAAAAAAACAAAAUAAAAAAUCAAAAGGUGAUUCUUCUGAAGAAGAGGAAGUGAAACCAUCCCAAAAAAAUGUGAAAUCAAAGAAAAAGGGGACCUUUAGUUCUUUAGCUGAUGAUGAUAGUGAUGAAGAGACUGAUUUAAAACCAAGCAGGGCAAGAACUACAGCAAAGAAGGGUGGGUUUGCUCUACUUGCAAUGGAAGAUGAAGGAGAUUCAGGUAGUGAUGAUGCAGGAGUGAAUACAAAAGACUCUGAUGAUGAGGAUAAGGUAAGUAAUAAAGCAGAAAGUAAAAAAGGCAAGAAGGUUGUGCGGACUGAUAGUUUAGAAGAUGAUGUGAAAAGUGAUCGGACAAAGGACAGCAAAAAUGCUGCUGGGGGGAAAAAGAGUAAGAAGAAAAAGAAGCAAGAUGAUGAUGAAGAGGAUAUAGAAAAAGUGCUAGCAGAACUAGAAAUGGAGUAUUCAGGUGUUAAGCAAGAGGAAGUGCCCCAAGAGGUUGCGGAAAAGAAAACAGAAGAGGAAGAAGAUGGUAAGAAAUCAAAAAAGAAAAAGAAGAAAGAAAAGGAAGAAAAUGAAGUUGGUGAUGGAGAAGAGGGUAAACGUACAGAAGUAAUUGAUGGUGAAGAGAUAGAGAGCACAGUGAAAUCAGCUGCUCAGAAAAAGAAGGAGAAAAAGGAGAGAGAAAAGCAAAAGAAGAUGGAGCAGAAAAAGAAGGAGACUGGACCAGCUGUUGCUGCUUCAACCACUCCCGCUCCUACUUCUGCUGAGCCUCCUGUAUCUAGUGCCGUAAGUGCUCCUAGUGAGCCAGCUGCUACUCCUGCCCCUCAGCCUGAUGGGGACCCUGCUGCUGGAGGUGAUGAAGCUGAGGGUGAUGAUAAAAAGAAAAAGAAGAAGAAAAAAGGAAAAGAAGAAGAACCGCCUCUUGAGAAAGGAAAGAAAGCAGGCCCAGGAAAGAAAGCAAUUGCAGCUAUGCAAGAAGCUUUAAGGAAAGUGAGAGAGGAGGAAGAAAGACUGGCUCGAGAAGAGGAAGAAAGACUGAAGAAGAUUGAGGAAGCUGAGCGACUGAGAGAAGAACAGAAACGACUGGAAAUAGAAAGAAAAGAAAAGAAGAAACAAAAAGAAAAGGAACGCCGUGAAAGGUUAAAAGCAGAAGGUAAAUUAUUGACUCCAAAGCAAAAAGAAGAUAGAAGAAGAGCCCAAGCAAUGUUGGAAGCUCGACUUGCUGAAGGUCUUGAAAUGCCUGCCGUUGCAGAGCGUAAAUUUCGACCUGGUACAAGAAUAAGGCCCAAUAAAAAACAACAGCAGCAGCAACAAUCCCAAGAGCAAGAAACUAAAGAUACUGAGAAGAAGGUUGAAGUGGAAAUUGUUGAUACUGCUCCUGCCCAGCAAGAGAAAGUAGAAGAGAAGAAAGAGGAGGAAGAUGUAAAGGACACCUGGGAUGCUGACUCCUCUGAGGAUGAAGAUGAAGAUAAGUCAGAGGUAUCAAAGACAGGAACUGAGACACAACCAGCACCAGUACGUCAAAAAAGUCAAGAAGAGGAGGAGGAUGACGAUGAAGAUGAGGAGGAGGAGAGCUCUGAUUCAGGAUCUGAUUCAGAGGAGGAGAGUAGCGAGGAGGAAUCAGAUAGUGAAGAUGAACAUAAAACAGAUGCUCAACGGAGGCGAGAGAGAGCCCUGGCAAGAAUUCAGAAACGCAGAGAAGAUGCUGAAAAGAACAAAACUGUGGAGGUUCUUCGAGCAGCAGUUGUGUGCGUUCUAGGUCAUGUAGAUACAGGGAAAACAAAAAUUUUGGAUAAGCUACGGCGCACUAAUGUCCAAGAUGGAGAAGCUGGUGGUAUCACCCAACAGAUUGGUGCUACUAAUGUUCCUAUUGAAGCUAUCAAAGAGCAAACAAAGAUUGUAAAAGGAUUUUCAGAAAUUGAUCUCCGUAUCCCUGGACUCCUUAUUAUUGAUACACCUGGUCACGAGUCAUUCAGCAACCUUCGCAGUCGAGGAUCUUCACUUUGUGAUAUUGCUAUUUUAGUGGUGGAUAUUAUGCAUGGUCUGGAACCUCAGACGAUUGAAUCAAUUAACCUGCUGAAAACUAAGAAGACGCCCUUUAUAGUUGCUCUCAAUAAAAUUGAUAGGUUGUAUGAUUGGCAGACCAUGAGUAGGAAAGAUAUUCAGGAUGUCAUUAAGGGACAAGCUGCUAAUACUCAAUUGGAAUUUGAGCAGAGAACAAAAGAAGUUAUAGUUCAGUUUGCAGAGCAGGGUUUGAAUGCUGCUUUAUUUUAUGAGAAUCCAGAUGUUCGUAGCUAUGUUUCUUUGGUUCCUACAAGUGCCAUAACUGGAGAAGGAAUGGGGAAUUUGCUUGCUUUAAUAGUUCAAAGCUGUCAGAAUAUGCUAGCAAAACGAUUGAUGUAUUCUGAAGAAUUACAAGCUACUGUUUUGGAAGUAAAAGCUAUACCAGGCUUAGGUACAACAAUCGAUGCCAUUUUGGUGAAUGGAAAACUGCGGGAAGGAGAUACAAUGGUAUUAGCCGGUACAGAUGGUCCAAUUGUUACUCAGAUUCGUUCACUGCUUAUGCCUCAACCUAUGAAGGAACUGAGAGUUAAAAAUGCUUAUGUAGAGUACAAAGAAAUUAUGGCUGCUCAAGGUGUUAAGAUUGCUGGAAAAGAAUUGGAGAAAGCCAUUGCUGGUUUGAAUUUGUUGGUUGCUCAGAAACCAGAUGAAGUAGAAAUCUGUCGAGAGGAAGUUGCUCGUGAGUUAAAACAUGCCUUGAGUAACAUCAAGCUGCAGGAACGAGGUGUAUACGUUCAAGCAUCCACACUUGGAUCCCUUGAAGCCCUCUUAGAAUUUCUACGAACAUCUAAAAUUCCGUACGCCAACAUCCGUAUUGGACCCGUCGUCAAGAAGGAUGUGAUGAAGGCUUCCACCAUGCUGGAACACGAGAGCCAAUACGCCACCAUCCUGGCGUUCGACGUGAAGGUGGAGCGCGACGCCCAGGAGCUGGCGGACACACUGGGCGUCAAGAUCUUCCAGGCGGACAUCAUCUACCACCUGUUCGACAAGUUCAUGGCGUACCGCGAGGAGCUCAAGCAGCGGAAGCGGGACGAGUUCAAGCACAUCGCCGUCUUCCCCUGCAAGCUCAAAGUGCUCCCGCAGUUCAUCUUCAAUUCGCGUGACCCCAUCGUUAUGGGCGUGAUGGUAGAGGCGGGCAUCGUGCGUGAAGGCACGCCCAUUUGCGUGCCCAGCCGCGAGUUCGUGGAGCUGGGCGUGGUGACGAGCAUCGAGAGCAACCACAAGACGGUGGAGAGCGCGCGCAAGGGCCAGGAGGUGUGCAUCAAGAUCGAGCCCAUCCCCGGCGAGGCGCCCAAGAUGUUCGGCCGCCACUUCGACGAGAAGGACUUCCUCGUCAGCAAGAUCUCGCGGCAGUCGAUCGACGCUUGCAAAGAUUACUUCCGCGACGACCUCAUCAAAACAGACUGGCAGCUCAUGGUGGAGCUGAAGAAGCUGUUCCAGAUUUUGUAGCCCCGGCCAUGGGUAGGUAUCUCGCCGGCCCGGGCCGGGGCCAGCGCCGGCGCGGCGGCGGGCGCACGGCUCCCGACUCGGCCCCGUCUCCACCCCGCCCCUC